AAGCGGAAAUACGCAACGGUAGCGGAAGAAAAAUGUAUACAAUGGCAAUUUGGAAAUCAAUUAAGUUAUGAAAAAAGAGCAUUAAUUGCCUUUCUUUGUGGUCGCUGUGUUAUGGAAUGGCGGCUUGUGAGCAGUAGUGCACCGUCAGACGCCGCUGUUUUGCCUCGACGGAAACUGUUGUUUGACGUGUCAGGCAGAAAGAGCAGGCUACUUUGGAGAAUGAGUUGAUUCUUUUCGAGGGAAUCCAGAGGAGGUUGCAAAUAAAAAGGCUGACUGGAAGAUGCCAAGAAGAAAACAGCAGAAUCCACAACCUGUCAAGUUGGAUUCUGAAGAUGGUUUAGGCACUGUACGUCCAGCAAGCCUUACCUUUGAGAGCGACUUACUCCUGGGACAAGAACUCGAGUUCUCAGAUCCUGACAAUGACAACAAGAUCAUAGGCCUUGAAAAGUUCUCAGCUGACAUCAGUCUGCCUGGCUUCCCCCUGGGAGACGAGGAGAGCUCCCCCUUCAGCCGCCUCAGUAUGGAGAGUGACGCUGACGACCUCCGCGCAACCGAAAGCGAGCGCGAAGAGAGGGUUUCUGAGUCUGCCUUUCCCUCUUACCUCUCUUGCAGGGGCUGUGGUCAGCUCCUGGAAGACCCCCUGGGACCCGGUAUGGACUUGGUGGGGCCCUACUGCAUGCGCUGCUGCAAAGGGAAUGCGGAUGGUGUUGUGGACAGGAAGCUCUGUUUGGGCUUAGGCUUACAAGCGGAGUCUAGAGGGGGAGGGAAUGAGGGCGCUGGUGGCGAGGAUGGCUCCCUGAAGCUCCACUCAUGCACGCUCUGUGGUUUCACUUCACGCUACACUAACCACGUUAAGAGGCACAUGAAGACACACAAUGGCGAAAAACCAUACGGGUGUCCGCUGUGCUCCUAUGCUUCGGCACAACUAGUGAACUUGCAAAGGCAUUUGCGCAUACACACCGGAGAAAAGCCCUACAAAUGCAACCACUGCACGUUUGCAUGCAGUUCCUUAGGGAACCUGAAGAGGCACCAGCGCAUGCAUUUAGCUGUAAGCCCGGGUCAGAGUGCCACUCAGCCGGUCAGUGGCAACUGUUUAAAUCACACUACUGUGGGCCAGAAGGAAAAGGAAGCGGCUCCUGCCCCCACCGAAGUUGCAGGUGCUGUGCAGUCUGUCUCACGUCCCCACGUGGGAAGGGAUGGGAACUACUUGCAGACCUUUGAUGGCCUCAGGCUUGCACAGCCGUCGUCGACGGGGGUGUUGCAGUCAGGACAGGCUCCUUCUGAACCUGCUUCCCUACCCCCCACGUUCUUCCCCUUCACUUGUCGUCUGUGUGGCAUGGCCUUGGAUGACGAGGACGGGUCCUCGGCCCAGAUCUGCGCCAAGUGCACUCUGGAGAUGCUGACUAAGGACACAACUGGAUGCCCCGCUGAGCGAGGGGACAAGGUCUACACCUGUGCUGCCUGCCCCUUCCUCACCCACUACCCAAACCACCUGGCCCGCCACAUGAAGACCCACAGCGGAGAGAAGCCAUACAAGUGCCCGCAGUGCGACUACGCCUCCGCCCACUUCGACAACCUCAAGCGGCACCAUCGAGUGCACACCGGCGAGAAGCCCUACAAGUGCCACCUGUGUGACUAUGCCUGCGGCAACCUGGCGAAUCUCAAGAGGCACCAACGGGUGCAUUCAGGCGCCAAACCCUUUCAGUGUGCAAUCUGCAACUACAGCUGCAAUCAGAGUAUGAACCUGAAGCGGCACAUGUUGCGCCACACAGGCGAGAAGCCCCAUAAGUGCCAAGAGUGUGGGUACACCACUGGCCACUGGGACAAUUACAAACGGCAUCAGAAGAAGCACAGCCUGACUACAGAUGGCUGGGUUAAAGCGCAGAUGCCUGGAAAUGAGGAAGAGGUGGAGGAGGACGAGGAAGAGGUGUAGACUAAAAUUGCAAGACAGUCGUCCAUAUGAGAUUUUACUGUAAUGGCAUAAGCGUUGUUAGUUGUCCUCCUUUUCUUUUGUGCCCAGAAUUAUUUGGGGAAUUGAUAACAAGCUGCUACAUGAAGUCAAAUUCAAAGACAGUUACCUGAAUGUCCUAAUGUAGGGACUGUCCAAUCCUGCUCCUGGAAGGCCAACCUUCCUGCAGACUCUAUACAAACACACCUGAACCAGCUAAUCAAGGUCUUUAGGAUUAUUCGAAACUUCCUGACUGGUUUGGAGCCGGUUGACACUAAACUCUGCAGGAAGGUGGUCUUCCAGGAGCAGGAUUGGACAUUCCCGAUUAAUGCCUUUGAACGAGGCAAAACGUUUGUUACCCAAAGCUCUCUAAGAGCGUUCUGAGCCCGAUUGUGGUUCAUUUAUUAGUGCCAAACACACUACUGCACCGUACUGCCAUAGGAAGUUCUUCUUUAAGCCUGGCACAACGUUGCAUGCACUUAAGUUAACCUUGGUUGACUGUUUUGAGGUUUUAUGUAAUUGAUCAUUUUUCCAUCUUCUCAACCAUACUGGUGGAAAUGCCUUCACAGAUGAGCAUAAUGUUCUUUAUAGCAUAGUGAUCUUUAAUCUUGUGUUUGCUCUCAAUAAUUCUGGGGGAUUGUGUUGCCUUUUGUUGCGUGUGUUUUAUUGUCUGUGAGAAAUGCCAUUUGUCUGAGUUUACUUGAAGCAAAAUGUUGCGUAGUGGAUUUUAGUGUCAUGCUAAACAUAGAGCUUUUAUUUUUGUAUGUGAUUUUAUUUUUUAUCUCUAAGGAAUGUUUGGCAUGUAUUUGCCACCCAUGGCAUUGUUAGCUAUACCGAAGGACGACAGUUAACGUAAACCCUAUUAUGCAGUUAAACCUUAAGGUUGCCAAGAAAUGACCGAACAUUGGAAUAUUGUAGGUGUGUGGUGCUUGAGUGUUUUCUUGUUAUUAUGCAGUGGUUUCAUUAAUGCCUUAAAUAUCCUCAAAUAAAACAUUUGUGUUGAACCUUG